AGGGCUUGUCUGGCUGGGGACAGAGUCUGGCCCUGCAGAGAGCCCGCCUUGGAAAGGACGCCGAAAGCCUGGCUGGGAAGCAUGAAGAACAGCUGCAGAGACUAAUGCCGCAGCAGGAGCGAUUUGAGUUAGAUGCUAGGAAGGAAUUUCAGGCUGUGAGGUCUCAAGGGCAGGAACUGUGACUUUGGCUCAGAAGCCGCCAAGAUAGCAGCCUGCUUAGCUCAGCCCUCCCAGGUCUCCAGGAGGACGUGGCCACUGAAGGGUCGUCUUCUGCUGCUGACCCCCAUCAAAUCCCAUCAUGCCCACAGCCCUGUGCCCCCGAGUCUUGGCUCCGAAGGAAAGUGAGGAGCCCAGGAAAAUGAGGAGCCCACCGGGAGAGAACCCUGGCCCCCAGGGUGAGCUUCCCAGCCCCGAGUCCUCCCGACGCCUCUUCCGCCGGUUCCGCUACCAGGAGGCAGCGGGCCCCCGUGAGGCCCUGCAGCGCCUCUGGGACCUGUGCCGGGGAUGGCUGCGCCCUGAACGGCACAGCAAGGAGCAGAUCCUGGAACUGCUGGUGCUGGAGCAGUUCCUGGCCAUCCUACCCCAUGAGAUCCAGGGCUGGGUUCGAGCCCAGGAGCCUGAGAGUGGAGAGCAGGCUGUGGCUGCUGUGGAGGCACUGGAGCGGGAGCCAGGGAGACCCUGGCAGUGGCUCAAGCACUGUGAGGACCCUGUGGUGAUUGAUGAUGGGGAUGGCCCUCUGGACCAGGUGCAGGAGCCACUGCCAGCAGAGCCCCAGAAUCACCUUGCAAAGAGCCAGGAAGCCCAGCUGAUGGCCCUUUCCCAGGGCCCUGGGCUCUCAAGCAGACUGCCAGGCCAGCUCAGCGGGGACCCAGUUCUACAAGACCCAUCCCUACUUCAGGAAGCGAGUUUGAGGGAUGCACAGCAGGUGACUGCUCUCCAGCUGCCCCUGAAACGGGUUUCUCCUUUCGAGGACAUGAUCUUCUGUUUCUCGGAAGAGGACUGGUCUCUUCUAGACCCUGCCCAGACUGGCUUCUACGGAGAGUUCAUCAUCGGAGAGGACUGCGGGGUCUCACUGCCUUCAAAUGACCCAGCAGCUCAGCUGGACCUCUCCCAGGGUGAGGAGAACGAGCCAUGUGUUCCAGAGCUGCAGGACCUCCAGGGGAAGGAUGCUAGUCAGGUUUCCUACUUGGAUUUUCCAAGUCUCCAGCCAUUCGAGGUUGAAGAAAGAGGAAAACGGGAUGAGCUACAGGUACCAGAGUUCCAGGCCUGUGAGCAGACGGCACUUGCUCAGAGUACCGUCCCAGCCCGAGGUGACUCCCCACCCCCUAAGAACAGCCUGGAUGAGGAGGUGACCAUAGAGAUCGUCUUGUCCAGCUCUGGGGAGGAAGACUCGCAGCUGGGCCCCUACUGCACAGAUGAGACACGGAGCUCCUUGGGGAAGCAGCACGGCACCCCCACUGCCCAGCAGAAUGGCGCUUCUGUGGGGGGUGAUGUGCAUACCUCCGGGAAGUCCUAUAUAUGCCCCAAUUGCGGGAAGGUCUUCCGCUGGAGGGUAAACUUCAUCCGGCACCUGCGCAGCCGCAGGGAGCAGGAGAAGCUACACGAGUGCUCGGUAUGUGGGGAGUUAUUCAGUGACAGCGAGGACUUGGACGGGCACCUGGAAGCCCACGAAGCCCAGAAACCUUUCCGGUGUGGCGCCUGUGGGAAGAGCUUCCGCCUCAACUCGCACCUGCUUUGCCACAGACGAGUCCACCUACCACCCACCGGACCCCGGCCGGUGAAGGGAAGCGAGCAGGGGGCAGCGGGGUCCACGGGUGGGGGGCCUGAUACACAGCUGCCUGAGGGCCGGGCCCGACUGAGCGUCCAGUGCUAUGACUGCGGGAAGCUGUUCCAGCGGCCUGAACAUCUGGCGAGGCACCGUAGCAGCGUGCACGGUAAGGACCGGGCACGGCCCUUUCGUUGCCGGUACUGUGUCAAAAGCUUCCUGCACAACUCUGACCUCCUGCGCCACCAGCGCCUGCAUAUGAAAAGGCGCUCCAAGCAGGCGCUCAACUCUUACUGACGCCAGACCCUCCCCAGGACAUACCUUCCCCAGGACAGACCUCAUCUUCCCACCUUUUGCUCUCAGGUAGAAAUGAGAUAGUGGCCAACUGAGCAUUUCUUUUGUUUCUGCUGUGCCAAAAAGCAGGGAGGAAGUACUUAACCAGCUUGGACUUCCCCUGUGUUUCUUGUUCCAAAGAGACCCCUGUCCAGUGCUUCCCAAGUGGGCCAAGGAUCUGGGCUGCCCCGACUGCAGUGACCUGUUGUGGUCUGUUACUUGCCCCUAUCCUGAGAUUCCAGGGUAACUGCACUUCCCAUCUGAGAGCAAGGAGCUGUGGGUGGGGUAAUGGCAUUGGGAAAGGCAUUGGGACAAGAGGUGCAUGUAGGCAUGGCCAGCCACACCAAUCCUGCCAUGUCACCAGGCGGACCUUUCAACAUCAGAAGCCUUGAGGGCACUGUACAGCUGUUUGCGAAGGGGAACUGCACUAUACUUUUAUUUGUGAUGGUGGCUGCUCAUUAGAGAUUUGGAGUUCACAAGAGCAAUGCUCACAUUUUAAAUUGUAUAUUGCACAGCCUACUCAAAUAUCAUUUCUUUGUACCAUGAAAGUCCUGGUAAAUGGUUGAGGGGUGGAAGUAGUUGUCAUCAUUCGAAAGGCACUUAAGUUCCCCUGCCCAUUCCACUGUGUCCAGGAAUGGGAAGCUCAGUUCCAGUGAGGGGUUCUGUGUGGGUAAGGGACAAUGGAAACAACCGCCUGUGAGGUUGAGCUCUGCAUACAUAUUAACUUAGCCUAGUUUUCAUAUUUGUUUGCUGGGGCUAUCUUAACAAAGUACUGAAAACAGGGUGACUUAGAACAACAGAAAUUUAUUGCCUCAGUUCUGGAGGCAGGAAGUCCAAGGUCAAGUGGUUGGCUGGUUGGCUCCCUAUGAGGGAGGGUCUGUUCCACACCUCUCCCCCAGCUUCUGGCAGUUGCUGGCAGUCGAUGAUGUUCCUUGUAGAAGCAUCACCCCGUCCCUGCCUUCAUCUUCACGUGGUGUCCCUGUGUACAUGUAUGUCUCCAAAUUUUCCCUUUUUAUAAGUGCGCCAGUCAUUGGAUCAGGGCCUCCAUGCCUACUCUCAUAUAUUCCUGUUUUAACUAGUAACAUCCACAAUGACCGUAUUUCUAAGAAAGGCCACAUUCUGAUAUACUGGGAUUAGGACAUAAAUAUGAAUUUGGGGUGGUAGGGAGACAGUUCAAUCCACAAAUGCAGAUAGUCUUGCAAUUGUGUGGUUGGUUAUCCCUGAUUAACCGAUGAGUCAACAGAAAUUUGAGUUGGCUUGCUCCGUUCUACUAGAAGAGCAUAGCCUUGAAAGUUUGUGGCCUAGAAUUUUGGAUUGGGAGUGACCAUUGGCUGUGAAACCUCAAGCAAUGAAAACCAUGGUCUUACUGUUCCUAGAAGACAGGAGAUGUAAGCUACCAGGCUCAGUGUCGAGAAAGCACAAGCACUGUGAAGUGGUGGUGGCUGAAUCAAAGCCACCAGGUGGGCAUUUUGUGCUAUUUGCAUGUCAUGUCCAUUGGCAGGCAACCAAGUUUCUUGUCACCUAUAUUAUUGUCACAUUGAAAUUCCACUGCCACAAACCCAGUGCCUGUGUAGACAUACCUACACGCCACGGAGCCAUAAAUGCAAUAAAACCGUUGUCAUACUUUGAACAAGAAAUAAAU